AUGCCCUACGAUACGCACAACCCUUUGACGGUGUCACUACCCUACAAUUUUGUCAAUAACCAUGACUAUCCAACCGAAGUCAUGGCCAACCGGUUUUCCGCCUGGCGAGCUUUCAUCAAGGAGAUUUUGAACUACUUUAAGGAAUACUCCAGCGUGCAAGAGGAAAUAGUGCGACAACAAUCUAGACUUCAGCAAUCCCUCAGUGCCACUGCCCGGAGCUUACUAGUGCCUAAUGGAGGCGGGGGCGGAGGAUCUGGAGGAAUAAACUUGCCCACGUCGCCGCUACUUGGCGGCGGCGGCGGCGGCGGUAGUGGUAGUCAUAAUAGUAAUGGUUCUCAGGAUAUUGAAUUGAUUAACAAAUUCUUUUUACCAGUUGACAAUGGAUCAGUCCAGGAUGUGCCCAAUGUCUUGUUCAAAUACCACCAGCAAAACGUGGCAUUGGCAUCUAGAACGUUGAAAGAUAUCAACACGAUUAUUAUUCCGAAAUUAGAGGAAUUGCGCAAGGACUUGUUAGUCAAAAUCAAGGAAAUUAAAAACCUACAAAAUGACUUUAAGAAUAACUUGGGUAAAGAAAUGAAUGAAACAAAGCUGUGCAUUGGACAGUAUAACCAAGCUAUUGACACGGCUGGCAAAUUGGAUAACAACCACAACUUCCACACUGACGGAGAUCCAAGCAAGUAUGACCCCUAUUUGGUUAAAAUCAAACUAGAUAGACAGUUGAAACGGCAACUAGUCGAAGAAAACUACCUCUACGAUGCAUACUCCAAUUUGCAGACCGCGGGGAAGCAAUUGGAAGGCAUUGUGGUGACGGAGCUCCAAAGCUACCUCCACAUGUUUUUGAAUUUGGUGGGGGAGGAAAACUCCACUUUUACCAAAUAUUUGGUGCCCCACAUUACCGAGGGCUUCCUUUCCAAAGAAUCCAACUUUGAAUGGAAUGCAUUUAUCGAACGCAACUUGCCCACGAAUAACCUCAACGUUAGUGCCGUGGGCAAUCAUACUACUUCCUCGAUUAAAAACGGCACCUUUAUUGAUUUGGACAUACCAAAGCGCCAUUUCCUGGAUAUCAUCAUCAACAAUUACUUCUCCAACUUGAAUGUUGCCGUGCGUGAAGGGUACCUCGAGCGGAGAUCCAAAUUUCUCAAGAACUAUUCUAGCGCGUGGUAUGUCCUCACAUGCUCAUUUAUCCACGAAUUCAAAUCAAACGAUCGGAAAAAGGAUCCGCACCCAGUGAUGUCAUUGCCAUUGAACUCGUGCACCGUCAGCGACCACUCCAAAGAUGACGGCAGAAACGAGGGAGCCUACAAGUUCAUCCUUACGUCGAAACUGGCGAAUGCCUUAAUGCACAAGACUCAUAAAUGGGUGUUUAGAACCAGCACUUAUCAGGACAUGAUUGAUUGGUUCAAUGACAUUCUCAAAUUGACAAAACUACCUACCCCUUCGUCUCGAGCCAGAACAUUGCCCGAAAGGUCUCGUGAAAACCUUCAAACGGCUGCCUUGGGGAAAACCAUGACAAAUUCUUCGUCUAUACGCUCCCCGCCAAAGUCCUUGAGAACUUUUGAGUCCAACCAGUCACAGCUCCAAAGGGGCGGGUCUCGCAGCGCACGAGCCACCUCGGAAACCACCUCGAACGUGAAACGAUUAUCCUCCACGUUUUCGCAAAAGAACCAGUCUCCAAGAAUCGCCAAUAUGGUCAAUAGUGACGGUACAAUUAUCACCCCGGUUGAUACUUAUGGCGACCUCAAACGUAAUUCGAGUAGAAUGAGCCAUCACGAUGUUCUUUGCUCCGAGCAGAAUCAACACCAACAACAACAUCAACAACAGCAGCAGCAGCAGCAGCAGCAGCAGCAUUAUCCAAAUAUCCCUCGUAGCCAACUGCCGGCUCUUCUGUAUCAACCAUAUCAUUUGAUCCCCGUUGAAUCUAUGGGUGGUGCCAACGGCGGAAAUCAUUACCAACACGAGCAACUGUUUGGUUCGAACCCAGCAAGUGUACCCUACUAUAUUCCAUCGACACCACAGCAAUUCUACGAUCCAGUUCAACAGCAGUACUAUACCAUCACCCCUUCAAUGCCCAGCACGGCUCAGCAGCUGUCAAGAGCUCCAUCCUUGAUGCAACACAUCAACCCGCAACCGCAGCCUCAAUAUUUCAACUCGGGCCCGCAUGCAGGUUCUGAUCCAACUGUAACGAGUUCACCCAACGUACAACCAUUUGGCUCGGCUUAUUUUGCCAAUUACAACAAUCAACAACCCCUCCAGCAACAACAACAACAGCAACCACCCCAUCAAUCGCACCAAAGUGCAAUGCGGAACCCUGCUGCUGGUGAAUCUGUCCCAUACCCAACGUCCGACCCGUCCAAUAGCGAAGUGGCAGAGAACUCGGGUGAGAUUGCAAGUCAAACACUCGUCAAUAACGAGCAACUCUCAGCUGAAAGAGCACAAGCCCCCUUGAGUGUACCACGACAAUUGUCAGCAGAUGAAGUCUCGACGUUGAAAAGCUCAAAUCUCCCUCAACCUGAAAGCGUAAUUGGUAACGGAAGCGGAGACAUCAACAUCGUCAUCGCCAAAGACGACUGA